UUUAAUAGCUUAUAUAAAUACCAGAACCAUUAAAGUUUCUCAUUACAGAAGCCUUGUCUUGCUACUAAAGAAAACCCCCCAGAUCCUCUGCUUGUCUAGGAGAAAGUGGGAGAAAAUGUCCGGUAUGGAGAGACUGCAAAGAAUGUUUGCGGGUGCUGGAGGUGCGUUAGGUCAUCCGCCCCCGGAUUCUCCAAUUCUUGAUUCCUCCGAGCAAGUGUACAUCUCCUCACUCGCACUCCUCAAAAUGCUCAAACACGGAAGAGCUGGGGUCCCCAUGGAAGUGAUGGGCUUGAUGCUUGGAGAGUUUGUUGAUGAAUACACAGUUCGGGUUGUUGAUGUAUUUGCAAUGCCGCAAAGCGGUACUGGUGUUAGCGUUGAAGCUGUUGAUCACGUAUUUCAGACUAAUAUGCUUGACAUGCUCAAACAGACAGGAAGGCCAGAGAUGGUUGUUGGAUGGUAUCACUCCCAUCCUGGAUUUGGCUGUUGGCUCUCUGGUGUUGAUAUAAACACACAACAGAGUUUUGAAGCUUUGAAUCAAAGGGCUGUGGCAGUUGUGGUGGACCCAAUUCAGAGUGUUAAAGGGAAGGUGGUAAUUGAUGCUUUUCGUUUGAUCAACCCUCAAACAAUGAUGCUUGGACAAGAACCACGGCAGACAACUUCCAACCUUGGGCAUCUAAAUAAACCUUCCAUUCAGGCAUUGAUACAUGGAUUGAACCGACACUAUUACUCGAUAGCCAUUAAUUACAGAAAGAAUGAACUUGAGGAAAAAAUGCUUCUUAACCUGCACAAGAAGAAGUGGACAGAUGGAUUGACCCUUAGGCGGUUUGAUACUCAUUCUAAAACCAAUGAGCAGACUGUUCAGGAGAUGCUGAACUUAGCUAUUAAAUACAACAAGGCAGUGCAAGAGGAAGAUGAGCUGCCACCUGAGAAGCUAGCAAUUGCAAAUGUGGGAAGGCAAGAUGCGAAGAAGCACCUUGAAGAGCAUGUCUCUAACUUGAUGUCUUCAAACAUAGUUCAAACUUUGGGUACCAUGCUCGACACAGUUGUGUUCUAGAUUAUCUGUAUUUCUAUAUUCUCUCUAAAAUCCCUUACUUUUACUUGCUUCGCUGUAUUCUCUGUUUCAAGUAGAACGAUCCUGGAUUUUUAUAUUAUAUCCGAAUUUAUUUCAGUUCAUUUUUUGUUCUAGUGGACUAUGCAUUGUAGCUUCAUAUGUUUGGAUAUCCGUAGCUACGGACAAAAUUUAAUUGUUGGAAUGACAAAUAUCUUAUUUCUAUGCGAGGCUAUCUUUUUUUC